AUGCUGAGAGCGUUUGACGAAGCCCAACAUACUGAUCAACGUUACCCGUUGUCCACGGGCGACAGACCAGUCACAAGUGGCGUCUACCAACUUCUCCGCAGCACACGCAACACCGGAGCUUUCAGGGUCACAUCGGGAGUAGAUUCUGCGAUCGACGUUCGCCGCAGGGUGUUGGAUUUUGCUUUUGACUCGCCCCUUUCUACGAUCAUCGUCACAGCCUUACCAGGCACAUUUCUCCUCGUUGCACGCCAGCUUCCAGAUACCUGGGCGAGCAGACAUCAAACGUCUAUUGCAAACGCGUUGCACUUCGUCGCACUUGCCAGCUGCACGAAUCAUCAAUUCGAAGCCGGAGACUUGUUAGUACUGGUUUUUGUCAUGGUUGCGUUUGACGUGUUUCAGCGGGUUUUAGCGGCGGGCGCUACCAACCCUGACGGCGAAUCAGAUCUCCAACCCCGCUCGCCCUCGCCUUCCGAAACUCUCCGCAGCCAAACGCGCUCUGAUCAGGCCAAUGCGAGUAUCGUGCUCGAUCUUAAUACAGCAGCCGUCGAGGAUGGAGAUUUCGAGCCAAUUGAGCCAUCUGUGUCAUCACAGUCAGGGACAUGCGAUACAAAAACAACCACCGUGGACCCCAAAGAUAGCGAGAUCCUGCGACUGCAACGGUCGCUUACUGAAUCCAAAACAGCACACAAGGCUCGUGAAGUCCAACUCCGUGUCACUAAGGAGGAGCUUCAUAACGCACGCGAUGCGCUCAACCAGACCUUCGCGGAAUACUCCAGCCUCCGCGAACAGCUGAAGAUUAUCAAACAAAACUUGGGCCGGGACCAUCAAGCUGUAGUAUAUCGGAAAGACAUUGAGCUCUUUGCACUUCGAAAGGGCAACGAGCAGAAAGACAAGAACAUCCAAGAUCGCGACAACCAGCUGGAAGAGAUGGCCCGGCAACACAAGACUAUCAUGGAAGUCAAAGACGCCCAGUUGAAACUGAUGAGGGAGCGGCUGAUCUCCAUGGAGCGACAGUCAAGCCCACGGGAAUCAGAGGAUGGGGAGAAUGCACUCGAAGUGAGGCUGCUUCGAGUCAGGAAAGGCAGAACCUCGCCGGAAGUUGAAGAAGACAAGGACGUGGUCAUUGCAAAGCUGCAACAACAACUGGCCUUCAAUAACAAGAGCAACGAAGAAGUCGUCAACCAGCAAGCUGAACUACAAAGAGCAUGGGAGAUGGCCAAGAAGAUUCAGAAAGCCUUGAAGGAGGAGCGGGAAAGGCAUACACAGACGCGAGAGCAGCUAGAAGAGGCCACGGUCAAACUUGCGGAAGCGGAGCCACAGCCCAGGAGUCGGGCCGGCUCUGUUGUAGGACGACUACCGACGAUCGAUGAGGACGAACACGACAAGGACGAGCUUGAAGCCAUGUUCAAUACUACUCAGCAGGAUAACCUCCGACUAUAUGCUGAGGUGGCUGCUCUAGAAAAGCGACUGAGCGACGCCAAUGCACGUUUGUUUGCAGCAAUGCAGGAGGUAGAGUCCUUCAGGGUGCAGCUAAAUCAAGAGAAAGAGGUCACUGAAGACAUGGAAACUGCGCGUCCCAGCGUAGUACACCGUGUACACUUCCAGCGCAUGGAGGGUCAGGUAUCUGAGCUAAGGGAAGCGCUCGCUAGCAAGGACGAAGAGAUGGAGUUACUCAGAAACACCAUUGCGGAGAAGGACCAUUACGUCAAGGACAUACAGGGCGAACUCGAUGCAGCUGCCAGCUUUCACACGCAAGAUCAAGACGAGAUCGAACGCUUGAAGCAAUCGAUCGACGAGCUGCAAGCGACAAAGUACCAGCUCAUGCUCGAUCACGAACGCCUUGGAUCGCAACGUACCCGGCAGCGCGUCAUCUCCACGGAGCGUACUGAUCGUUCAUCCGCUCGCUCAAGUGGUGCGACACUCAUCCAAGAAUUGAGUCCACCGCUGACGAAGCAUGCAGAGGAGACGCCACCCGUGGAAACUCUACCAACCAUGCCGGUAGUACCAGAACGGGAAGGAAGUAUCCAAGAAACACCCCAACGACACCUCCGCAGCAAAAGUUCACCAAAGGAAUCAUCGAACCGCUGGAGCUUGAUGUCGCACGACGUCCCACCUGCUGAGCUGAGAGAGCUGAAGAGCAACCGCAGGAGGAGUCUGGGUCUUAAGGUUAUGAUGCAGAAGAUGGUCAGGAAGAACCAGGAGGCUGAUUCUACAUCCACUGAGGCUGUGAAGACACGGGCUGAAGAGCCUCUGAAGCGGGAAGAGUCUAAAUUGAGGCGCGUGCUUGCACCCAAGGACAAGAACCUGUCUAUUCGUCCUUCUACCGCUGCAUCAGCCAUUGCGUCCAAGCCUGUCGGUGCUCAACCUCUCGCUACACCCAAGACCUCGCCGCUACCUCAGGCUGUGCGUCCGCCGAACCCAAGACGUAAUUCUCCCGCUACCCCACGGUAUUACGCUACCCAGAGCGCGACGAACCAGGCAACAAACCCAGCUGAGACGGAGAACGUGGAGAAGAAGGAGAGACCCCGCAGUGCGAUGGGUGUUGAGCCGGCAAGACCGAAGAGCCGAUUGAGCUGGGGCUCUACGAACAAACUUAAACGACGAUCAUUGUACUGA